CUAGAUUGUUACUAGAUCUAGUCUGUAGAGAUAUCUAGAUAUAGAUUGAAUUGUUAAAAUUGUGACUAAAUUUAAUUGUCUAAGUAUAGACUUAGGGUGCCAGAUUCGAGGACAAGGCUGCUAAUUGCCAUUCAUUUGGUAGCUGAUUGUAUGACUUCUAAAAAUGGAGAAAGAAUUAAACCUCCUGUUUGACAAUUUUUCAACUUCAAUUACUUCAACAAAAGGUGUAUCAUGGUCUCAAAAUAACAAAGCUGCUGUUUGUUUUGCAGAGACUAUUGUUAUUUAUCAUAUUACCUGUGCGGAGUACAAUGGUUAUGCAUUUAAAACCAUUCUUCAUAAAAUAUUUGACAUCUUGAGUCUCAAUAAAUGUUGCUUCCCUGAAGGAAUACUUCAUUUAAAAAAUUCAUUUUCAAACUUAAAUGAAACUGAAAAAGAAAGAUUUUUAACAGAUGCUACACUCUGUAAUGCUUAUAUUUAUCCGCUGGAAAUUUGGAAUACAUUUAAGCUAGCCAAAUUUUCACCUGUAGAUUAUGAUUUUAUGGGCCCACAUUGUUUGCUAGCUGUCUUAACAUAUAGUCAUCAGCUGAUUAUCUUUAGUGAACAAACUGGAGAAUGGAAAAUUUUUUUAGAAUGUAGUCUUUUAAUAAAAGUACAAGCCUCAUCAAAUCUCAAAUUACCUUUAACCAUUGGGGUUGACAUAGAUUUUGACAACUAUGUGGAUCUAAUUUAUAAUAUGUCAACAGUUGAAAUUGAGUGGUCAAGUAUUUUAAAGACACAUUCAGAGUCUGAACCAUUAAUUUUACUCUUGUUUACUGGUUCCAAGAAUGGUCGAGUGAGUCUUUGGAAAGUUAGGAAUGACAUGAAAUGCCUGGAUGAUAAUUUUAUUUUCCUGUGUUCAGAUUAUUAUAAAUCAACAGUAACAGCCUUAAAAUGGCAGACCCUAAGUCCUUCAGAGGGUAUUCUCUCCAUUGGUUACAUAGAUGGGUCAAUUAGACUGCUAAAGGUGUCCACUGAAAGUGAUGAAACAUGUUUAGUGAACAUUAAAGAAAUAUUUUCAGAUCUCCAUGCAGAUAACUUAGCCAUUGAUGAUUUGGGAUGGUCAAAAACUAAUGAGGGAACAAAUGUGUUGCUGGCCUGUAAACAGUAUUUCCUUUUUGUCUAUGCUGUCAAAGAUGGUUUGGUUAACUUCGUAAGGCACUACCACUUGGAAUCAGAACUACAACUUUCAUCCAUUAGUGUGUUUGGAAGACAUGGCGCAGUAGCCUCUCUAAGUGGUGACAUUUUUAACUUCAAAUGUACAGAAGAAAAAGGUGAGAUAACACUGGAUCUUACAAGUGUUAACCUGACUUGUCUACAAAAAGAUCCCAAAGUACAGUGGUUAUGUAAGGGGCUUAGUAAAUCAGAAUAUUCCUGCCUUUUUCUCAGUGCUAACAAGUUAAAUGGCAGAUCAAAAUACUAUGAAAUUAGUAAGAGAGUUAACAGUCGACAUAAGGUCAUAUUGUUCUGCCCAGACAAGCCGUCCGUAGAGUUAGUGCACAAUACAUUGACAAGUACAGGUUCACCACAGCAUUUAAUGGUUUAUUUGAGAGUGUGCAUUGAAAACUCAUUCAAUUCUUGCUGCAACCCUACAGAAUUUUUUGACAUAUGUCAUUAUUUAGACAAGUGUGAUACCAUUCCAUCACUGCAAAUUCUCAGAGACAUAACUAGAUGUUUAAAGUACUGGAUUAGUCUGAAUGUUAGAGAACAUCUUCUGGAGGAAUUAUCCCCAUUUAGCAAUGUGACAGAGAAGUUACUAUUGAAGUAUGUUGGAUCAGUUCUACAGCAAGAUAUGACACAGUUACUUGAUCAAGAUGUACAAGUGUUGAAAGCCAUGUUGGACUGGGUCAAUUGUAAAGAUUCCAGAUUGAGAGUUUUAGGAGAAACAGUUGAUAUAAAAACACUCAACAGUGUUUGUCAAGAUGCUGUUCUUCCUGGCUGCAUGAUUUGUCCUAAUGAUUUACAUCAUUUGCCUGAAGAAGCUCUUGUAGCUCAGUGCUCCAAAGGUCAUAAAAUUAAGUUAUGCUGUAUAACUUUUAUUCCUUGCAUGAUGUCUGCUAGAAAAUGUGAGGCUUGUGGUCAUAGCGCACUUGACUUGCAGCAGCUGUCAGGUACCAAGUUAUUGAAACAAAAACAUGUCUGUAUACUGUGUGGAGGCAUAGUUAGAUAAUAAAAUAUUAAACUUUUUUUUUUCCUUUUU